AUGUUAGUGCCCUUCAAAGAUGCACUUACUGCUCGAAGGUCACAAAAUCAUCGUGUACAAUAUGCCCAACAAAAACCUCGGUCAAAAAAAGCAACACAGGCAAUUCCAACGCUAAGUGAUACAAGAUGGAUAUAUCAUUACCAAUUAAUUAGUUUUAUGUGGAAACAUUUAGCAGCAAUAGUGGCUACAUUAAGUCAGAUAGUAGAAAAAAAUGAUGAUGGUUCACCAACAGCAAAGGGCUAUGCAUUACAAAUAAUUAAUAAAACAACAAUAUUUGAAAUAAAUGUGAUGGAAAAUGCAUUAAGGAAGGCAUUCACAUUUUUUUUAAAAGAAAUUGAACAUCGAUCAUCAACAUCAGAUAAAUUUUGCAUAGAUCUCGAUGCGACAAAAGAAGCUAUUGCUAACACAAUGAACGUAUUUGAUUUUAAAUUAUAUAAAGAAACAUUAGCUACAAUUGACAACACUGUUCCACGAACAUCACAAUGUACACGUCGUAGUGGGCGACAUACGACAACAAAUGAUCAAAAACAUGAUAUAAAUAUUGAUAAAUUAAUUAAACACGGAUAUUUAUUUCUGGAUAAAUUUAUAGAAUCAAUCGAAGAUUGUUUUAAUCAAAAUUAUCGAAUGGUUGUUGGUAAUAUUACUGAUUUUUCUAAUCCACAAGAACAUGAUGAUAAUAAAUUGAUUGAUAAUGAAUAUUUUACUGUUUUAUUGUAA